ACAAUAACUCGGAUGAAUAGAAUCCACAGUGUGCCGUAUGAAAUACGACGUGGUGGUUUAUAACAUAAUUUAGUUUAAUUUGUUGUAUCUGGAGUAAUAUCCGGCUUCUAAAGACGAGCUGCAACAUCAAAUUUAUUGGAAAUGGUAGAAGUUGCAGUUCCCACCCGCGUUCAUAUCAGACCCCUUCUUUCUGUAAGCCCACAUCUUCCAAUUCGUCGUAAUAUAGUGUCAACAAAUACAAAAGCAUGCAAGAUUCGUGGAGUUGCAGCUUCUUCUUCUUCGUCUUCUUCUUCCUCUUCUUCCACUAGUACUUGUGGGUAUAAACUACCGGUUGAUGAUGGACAAAUAGUGUUGCCAAACAAGGCAAGCAAGAAAAGGGUCUUCUUUUUAGACGUCAAUCCUCUCUGUUAUGCAGGAAGCAGUCCCAGCUUACACGCUUUUGCUCAUUGGGUCUCCUUAUUUCUCAAUCAAGUUAGCCUAUCCGACCCUGUUAUUGCUGUUGUUGAUGGGGAAGGAGGAAGUGAGCACCGCAGACAGUUAUUACCAACUUAUAAAGCAUAUAGGUGGAAAUUCACAAGACAGUUUUCAAGGGGGCAUGUUGGAAGGUCACAUGGGGUCAUCACCAAUGUCCUUCGAAAAUGCAAUGUGCCUGUCAUUCAAGUAGAAGGUCAUGAAGCUGAUGAUGUUAUAGCUACACUUGUGGGGCAAGUUAUUCAAACAGGAUAUCGGGUGGUGAUUGCCUCUCCUGAUAAAGAUUUCAAGGAAUUGCUUUCGGAAGAUGUCCAGCUUGUUAUGCCCCUGGACGAGUUAGAACGCUGGUCGUUUUACACCUUAGCUCAGUAUAACUGUGAUCCAUGCUGUGAUUUGAGCCUUAGGUGCAUUGUGGGUGAUCACACUGAUGGUGUUCCUGGAAUCCAACAUCUAGCUCCUGGAUUUGGUCAGAAGACUGCCCUAAAGCUCUUGAAAAAGCAUGGUUCAUUGGAAAAUCUACUAAACACAGCUGCAGUCAGAACUGUGGGCAGACAGUAUGCUCAAGAUGCUCUAACAAACCAUGCUGAUUACCUAAGGAGGAACCACGAGAUUCUUUCCCUUAGGAGGGAUGUUGAUGUUAAACUUAGAGAGGUGUGGUUGGUUACGCGAGACAGAAGCAAUGAUUCAGCAACUCUGUCCAACUUCUAUAAAUUCUUGGAAGAAACCGGGAAUUUCAUUUGUCAAAGAGCAUCUGUUUCAAAUGGCUAAGCUGAUAGGUAAUUGCUUGUACCUUUCCAUAUGACAGGAACAAGUUCAUGAUCCGUUCCUUGUUUCCCAUUGAGGGUAUGGAGAGGUGGGGCGGUACUUGUUGAGGAUGAGGUCUUUAAUUUACUGAUUUGUCUUGCCUGUACAUUUCUCAAAGUUUAAAAUUUUAUACAUUUCAUUCUACAUGUCCGUUACAUAACUAUGACAUUUCUGAAAUUUUGAAAUACUAUAAAGUGCAGUCUACCAUAACAGUUCAUUCUAUCAAUAAAAUAUCAUAUAGAGAGAAAAAAUAACUAAUGUAUGAGCAACACAUUUCACUUUUACAGUGUCAUUGUCUAACACACACAUGUCCUUUAUUCAAUAUAAUCCGUUCUUUACAUCAGGAUAUUGGAUUUUUCUCGUAUAUGCAUUACCAUGAUACAAUCUUAUUCAUUUUUCCAAUGCACCUGGCACUCAGAUUGUUUACUUCAUUACUUAUAUUCGUCACACGUCUUCUUGAUAGAGUUCUACAUACCACUAAACAAAGGAUUCUCAAAUGACUUAUUUCAAGUAGUCAUUUACAAAGCCCUCGAAGUGCAUUACAUCUAGUGAUUACAAAUCCCUCUAUCUAAUGUUUAGAGUACGGUAAUUCUAGUUGUGUGAGUGAGAUGUUGGGAUUUUAGUAGAGAGAGGUUUAAGAAAUAUAAGAGCUGAUGUGUUUUUUUGGAUUACCACUC